UUCUUUGUCCACUUAAGUGAGCCGAACACUUUCGGUGGUGUUUGUUUAGUUGUGAUGAACAUAAUUUUACGUUUUUGUAAACGAAAAGUUAUAGAUGAAGGGGAGGGACUUAAACAUCACCUGAGUGUUGGCUAAAUGAAAAUAACGUCAAUCAAAGGCUUUCAGAGCUAGGAAGGAGCUCUAGAUGGCGGAUGAUCCUUAGGAAGGCUGCUAUGGGCUGUCGUCAUUCCGUUUUUCUUGCCCCUGUGUCGACUGAGGCGACGUCCUGCUAUGUUCUCGUGAUGCCUCGGCUCACUUGCUCGACGUUUUGACGGGUUUGACGCCGUUUCGCUGGGCUUUUGUGGCCGUUUUUGCGCGUCGAAGGAGCCGUCUGGGUUUGCCGUUGUUUUCCAUGCAGGGCUCCGGCAGCCAUGGCGCGCCUCCAUUUUUAGAGUGCUGCUCGCCUCUUGUCUCUCUGACGCUUGACAGCAGAGCGGGUUCCGAGAGGCCCACGAUGUAUUUAAAACCUGAUUCUUUUUGUAUUUAAUAACAUAUACCUUAUUUUUUUGCAGUCUGGUUUGAUUUUUGAGAUUUUAUUAUUUUGCAACCGCGGCGAAUCGAAACGAAAUAGUUAAUCUAUCGGUACUGCCUUGCUAUGAGGUUGCUCUGUUUACAUUAUUUGCUGAAUUAAUCCCAUAUUACUUUAUUUUUAAUGUUGUCAUUUUCCCCGCGAUGACGCAGUUACAAUUAAUUGAUGCGACUCGGCACUUGGACAAAUCGCUUGCAUAUGUUGGCUAAUGGAAUAGCACAUACCUUUUGGAACUCUAUAUUCCGUCUAUAUAAUGAUAAUGAUAGAUAAUGCCCAAUCAUUUGUAUUUAAUUCCACUUUCUCCUCUGGCGUCGCACCGCUUGGGAUUUAAAGUGCCUGUCGAGGGGCGAAGGCAAUCUUGAGGGACUUGUGUGCUACUUUAUGUCUCCUGGAACUUUUUUUUUGACACGAAUACCAGGACAUCAGAUCACCUCUCCCAAAGGAUAUAUACACACAUUUAAAGCAUACACAUUUUUCUUCAACGAUGAAGAACAGAAAUAAAAAGCAAGUCGAAGAAGGAUCGACUCAGAGCAAUGCUUCCAGCAAUUCAGCCUCGGAAGAAUCCAAUCGCUCCGCAUCGGAUUCGGGAAGUCAGUCCGAGAGCGAGCACGGCAGCGAGAGGCGACGGCCCCGCCAGUCGGAGUCCAACAGCUCCUCGGGGUCGGAGAGUCGUUCGGGGAGCGGGAGCGAGUCUGCGGAGUCCAAAAGGCAAGCAUGCAGCGAUCGCAAAGACAAGCCAGUGAAGAAGAAGGAACGUCUAGCUGAUGUCAAGAAGAUGUGGGAGGAGCAUCCGGACGUGUACGGCGUCAGAAGGUCAAAUCGCAGUAGACAAGAACCAUCUCGCCUGAACAUUGGCGCUGGGGUAAACGCAAGAAAGCAUACACAUACCGGUAGCAGUGACUCAGAAAAUGAAAGUCCAAAAAGGAAAAGCGCUCGUGUAAAAAAGAAGGAUAGCUGGGAUGAUGAGGAUGAGGAUGACGAGGAGGAAGCCUCCGGCAGUACAGACAGUGAGCAGGAAGAGAAAAAAGUUAGAUCCAGACGACUUCCUGCUAGAAGACCGCAGACAAAAUCAUCAAACAAAAAAUUGUCUCAAAAAGCAAGAAAACUCAGGAAAGAGGAAUCCUCACCCGAGGACGAGGAUGACGACGAGGACGAUGAGGACGAUGAUGACGAGGAUGAUGACGAUGACGACACUCCAAAGAGACAAAUCCGUCGGAGAGGGGCAACUAAGGUCAAAAGCUACAAAGAAGACCAACAUGACUUUGAAACGGACUCUGACGAUCUGAUAGAGAUGACGGGCGACGCGUGCGAGGAGCAGCAGGACGAUGACAGCGAGACCAUCGAGAAAGUCAUGGACACCAGGAUCGGCAAAAAAGGAGCCACGGGCGCUCCCACGACCAUGUAUGCCGUCCAGGACAACGGGGACCCGUGCGAAGGUUUUGACCCCGACAAGGACGAAGGCGAAACGCACUAUCUGGUCAAGUGGAAGGGCUGGUCUUACAUCCACAACACGUGGGAGAGCUUGGACUCACUCACGCAGCAGAAGGUCAAGGGCUUGAAGAAGCUGGACAACUUCAAAAAGAAAAAUGACGAGCUCAACACAUGGGUGAAGAGGGCAUCUCCCGAGGAUGUGGAGUUCCACAACUGCCAGAUGGAGCUCAUUGCCGACUUGAACAAGCAGUUCCAGUUUGUGGAGCGCAUCAUCGCCACCAAAACAGGAAAGACACACGGAUCCUCCGACUUCCCGUCUCACAGUCACAAGAUAUCGUCCAGCGAACCCGAGUACCUAUGCAAGUGGAUGGGCCUGCCCUACUCCGAGUGCAGCUGGGAAGACGGGGCGCUGAUCAUGAAGAAGUUCCAGCGCUGCAUUGACAGCUUCUUGAACCGGAACUCCAGCAAAACCGUCCCUUCCAAAGACUGCAAGGUGUUGAAACAAAGGCCCAGAUUUGUCGCUUUGAAAAAACAGCCGUCAUACAUCGGAGACGAGAACCUGCAACUUAGAGACUAUCAGCUGGCCGGACUCAACUGGCUCGCUCACUCCUGGUGCAGAUGCAACAGCGUGAUUCUGGCAGACGAGAUGGGUCUGGGAAAGACCAUCCAGACCAUCUCUUUCCUGUCCUACCUCUUCCACCAGCACCAGCUGUACGGGCCCUUCUUGGUGGUGGUGCCCUUGUCCACGCUCACCUCCUGGCAGAGGGAGUUUGACACCUGGGCCCCCGACAUGAACGUGGUGGUCUACCUCGGGGAUGUCAUGAGCAGAAAAUCCAUCCGCGACUACGAGUGGGUUAAUCACCAAACCAAAAGAAUCCGUUUCAAUGCACUAUUAACCACCUACGAAAUUCUCCUCAAAGAUAAGGGAGUCCUGGGAAACAUCAACUGGGCCUUCCUGGGUGUUGACGAGGCUCACCGGCUGAAGAAUGACGAUUCCCUCUUGUACAAAUCCUUGAUGGAGUUCAGGUCAAACCACAGGCUGCUCAUUACCGGCACCCCACUGCAGAACUCGCUCAAAGAGCUCUGGUCGCUGCUGCACUUCCUCAUGCCGGACAAGUUUGACUCGUGGGAAGAUUUUGAGGACGACCACGGCAAAGGGAGAGAGAACGGUUACCAGAGUCUUCACAAAGUCCUCGAGCCCUUCCUGCUCCGACGUGUCAAAAAGGACGUGGAGAAAUCGCUUCCCGCCAAAGUGGAGCAGAUUCUCCGCGUUGACAUGAGUGCGCAGCAGAAACAAUUUUACAAGUGGAUUUUAACGCGGAAUUACAAAGCUCUUUCCAAAGGCACCCGAGGCAGCUCCUCGGGCUUCCUGAACAUUGUUAUGGAGCUGAAAAAGUGCUGCAACCACGGCUUCCUCAUCAAGCAGCCUGAGGAGGGCGAGCCCGAGUCACAACAGGAACAACUGCAGGCUCUGGUGCGGGGCAGCGGCAAGCUGGUGCUGCUGGACAAACUGCUCACCCGGCUGAGGGAGCGAGGCAACAGAGUGCUGAUUUUCUCGCAGAUGGUUCGAAUGUUGGACAUCCUGGCUGAAUACCUUGCCAAAAAACGCUACCCGUUUCAGCGUUUGGACGGCUCCAUCAAGGGAGAAAUUCGAAAGCAAGCGCUGGACCACUUUAAUGCCGAAGGCUCAGAGGAUUUCUGCUUUCUCUUGUCCACGAGAGCCGGAGGCUUGGGAAUAAACUUGGCCUCUGCCGACACCGUCGUUAUCUUCGACUCGGACUGGAACCCGCAGAAUGACCUGCAGGCGCAAGCCAGGGCUCAUAGGAUCGGCCAAAAGAAGCAGGUGAAUAUAUAUCGACUGGUCACCAAGGGAACGGUUGAGGAGGACAUCAUCGAGAGGGCGAAGAAGAAGAUGGUUUUGGAUCAUCUGGUCAUCCAGCGAAUGGACACCACUGGACGAACUGUACUGGACAGCAACUCGGGCAACACCAAUUCGAACCCAUUUAACAAGGAAGAGCUGACCGCCAUCCUCAAGUUUGGUGCAGAAGAGCUAUUUAAAGAGGCCGAAGGAGAAGAGUCUGAACCUCAGGAAAUGGACAUCGAUGAGAUCCUCAGGUUGGCAGAAACUCGAGAAAGUGACCAGGGCCAAAGUCCCACCGAUGAACUCCUGUCUCAGUUUAAGGUGGCCAAUUUUUCCACCAUGGAGGAAAGCGCACCCAACCUGGAGGAGAAGCCUUCUCGGGACUGGGAUGACAUCAUCCCAGGGGAGCAGCGGCGCAAAGUGGAGGAGGAGGAAAAGCAGCGGGAAAUGGAUCUCUUCAUGCUGCCCAGAAGCAGGAGCUCCAACAAGCGGGCUCAGGCCAACGACAGUGACAGCGACGUGGGCUCCAAGCUCAAGCAACAGUCGUCGGGCUCCGACAGCGAGACCGACGACAGCGAUGAAGAUAAGAAGCCCAAGAAGCGAGGUCGCCCCCGAGCCCGCAAGAACAACGUGGAGGGUUUCAAUGAUGCCGAGAUACGCAGGUUCAUUAAGGCUUACAAGAAGUUUGGAGCUCCGCUUGAAAGGUUGGAAGCCAUCGCACGUGACUCUGAGCUGGUGGACAAGUCCAUCGCAGACCUGAAGCGUCUGGGCGAGCUCAUUCACGGCAGCUGCGUGGCGGCCGUGCAAGAGCACGAGGAGAACCUGAAAGAGAACCCGGUCGAAGCCAAAGGUCCCGGCAAACGGCGAGGAAUCAACAUCAAGAUCUCCGGGGUGCAGGUCAACGCCAAGUCCAUCAUCCAGCACGAGGAGGAGUUCGAGCCCUUGCACAAGGCCGUGCCGCCCGAGCCGGCCCAGAGGAAUACGUUCAAGCUCACGUGCAGAGUCAAGGUCGCCCACUUCGACGUGGACUGGAACGUGGAGGACGACGUGCAGCUCUUGCUCGGAAUUUAUGAGCACGGAUUCAGCAACUGGGAUCUGAUCAAGACCGAUCCUGACCUCAAGCUGGCUGAAAAGAUCCUGCCAGACGAUCCGGGCAAGAAGCCUCAGGCCAAGCAGCUGCAGGCCAGAGCCGAGUAUCUCCUCAAGCUGCUCAAAAAGGAACAAGACAGCGCAGACGCGUCCAAAACUGGCGACGAGGUCAAAGUGAGGAAGAGGAAGCCUCGGGUGAAGAAGGAGAAGCUCGUCAAGGACGAGCAGGGCAACAGCAUCUCGUCGCCGCGCUUGUCCGACAAUCCGUCCGAAGAAGGCGAGCUCAAGGAGGACGGAGCAGACAAGUCCCCCACCAAGAAACGACAGAAGAAGAAGGAUAACAAGGAGAACAAAGAAAAGCAAGGCACUCCGAAGAAGGAGAAGGAAGGCGACAAGGAGAAGAAGGGGAACAAGGCUCGAAAAGACAAGGCAAAAGGAACCAAAGGGAGGAAAAGCCAAGGACCGGUCCACAUCACGGCGGGCUCCGAUCCCGUUCCCAUCGAGGGAAAAGAGGACGACGAACUCGACCAGGAGACUUUCAGUAUUUGCAAGGAGCGCAUGAGGCCCGUGAAGAAGGCCCUGAAGCAGUUGGACAAACCGGACGAGGGCUUGCCGGACCAGGACCAGCUCCAGCACACGCGCACCUGCCUGCUGAAGAUCGGAGAUCGCAUCACAGAGUGCCUCAAAGCCUACAACGACCCCGAGCACGUGAAAAUAUGGCGACGAAAUCUCUGGAUUUUUGUCUCCAAGUUUACCGAGUUUGGCGCCCGAAAGUUGCACAAGCUCUACAAAAUGGCCCAGAAGAAACGCUCGCACGAGGAAGAGAAGGAGCACAAGAAGAGGGACGAGACCUCCGGGAGAGGAAAACCUUUGCGGCCGGACGCUUCGGCGCCCGCUCGCGACUCAGCGGGUGCGCAGUCGGCUUCGUCUCACUCGGCGCAGUCGGACCCGCACGGGCACCACCGAGAUUACAACAUGGGCGCUAAACGCCACUUCCCCAAUGACGACCGGGGGGACUGGCAGAGGGAGCGCAAGUACAAUCACCCGAGCAACCAGUCGUGGUCGAGCGAGCGCCAUUACCCGUACGACGGCCACCGCUACAAGGAGCACUACGGUGAGCGGCACGCCCACGGCGACUCAUACCGCAGCUCGGGCGGCUACCGCAAUAACAACUCACCGCGCAAGAGGCCCUACGACCAGUACGGCAACGACCGGGACCACCGACCGCACCGGCCCUACUACGACAGGCACCAGGACUCCAAAAGAAGGCGUCCGGACGACUUCCGCUCCAACUACCACCACCAGGGGCGCGACGGCCCCUCUCAGGACUUCCGCCGCAUGCCGGAUCAUCGGCCCGGCCUCCCGCCGGCCCAAGACCACUACAGCAGACCUUUCCACACAGACAAACCCCUGCUCCUGGACCCACGCUCCCCCCAGGCCCAGAAGUCCCCCCACGACCCUCGCCUGUCCCCGGCGGACCCUAACGCCCCCCCGCCCGAGCCCGCCUGGAACAAUAGGAAGACUUAAAACUUUGGACUGGACCAGUCAUAAGCUUGAUGGACGUAGACGCCGUUGCGCUCACACACAGACAGAUAGACGACAACCAUCUUCAUUGAAGUGACUGGACACGGUGGAAUGGAUGUUUAGUCCUAUGGACUACUUGCCUCGGGUGGGUUCAGGACGCAAUGAACUGUUGACUGACCUUAAAGUGCCUGAUUUGUUUUUUUUUGUUUGUUUUUUUAAUCCUGACCAGGAGGAGUUUUGUUUAUUUCUGCCUUUAGCUUUAAAUGUCAUUAGACAACGUGAGUACAAAAGAAUGUGUCAUCACGUGCCCCCCACCCCCUACCCCGCAGCAGCAUUUGUGACGCUUGCAAAGAGGUGGAAAAUUUCCCCUAAAUUUCCAUGGGCACUUUUGGAACUAUUCCAAAUUGGAACAUUUUUAUGAAUUGGGAAUGGAGGUUAACUUAAUGAGUGUAUCAUGUGCAAGCAUGCAUAUAAAGAAUCAUUUUGGGCUGCAAGGUAGCAAAAUGAUUGCUUUCAAUUGGAUUAUGCAAAAAAAAAAAAAAA